AUGUCUUCCAACCUCUCCUUCGUCCUCAACAAGGUCCACGACGUCUCCUUCGAGGAGCGCGAGGUGCCCAAGAUCACGUCGGAACACGAUGUUCUCGUCGCCGUCAACUACACGGGCAUCUGCGGCUCCGACGUCCACUACUACGACCACGGUGCCAUUGGCCACUUUGUCGUCAAGGACCCCAUGGUGCUCGGCCACGAGUCUGCCGGUACCAUUGUCGAGGUCGGCUCGGCCGUCAAGACGCUCGUCAAGGGCGACCGCGUGGCCCUCGAGCCCGGCUACCCGUGCCGCCGCUGCGCCGACUGCCUCGCCGGCAACUACAACCUCUGCCACGAGAUGGUCUUCGCCGCGACGCCCCCCUACCACGGCACCCUGACCGGCUUCUGGGCCGCCCCCGCCGACUUUUGCUACAAGCUGCCCGAGAACGUGUCCCUGCAGGAGGGCGCCCUCAUCGAGCCCCUCGCCGUCGCCGUCCACAUCACACGCCAGGCCGCCGUCACGCCCGGCGCCUCCGUCGUCGUCAUGGGCGCCGGCCCCGUCGGUCUCCUCUGCGCCGCCGUCUCGCGCGCCUUUGGCGCCACCAAGGUCGUCUCGGUCGACAUUGUCCAGUCCAAGCUCGACAUGGCCCGCGACCUCGCCAGCACCCACACCUACCUCUCGCAGCGCCUGCCGGCCGAGGAGAACGCCGCGGCCCUCAAGGCCCAGUGCGGCCUCGGCAAGGGCGCCGACGUUGUCAUUGACGCCAGCGGCGCCGAGCCCAGUAUCCAGACGAGCCUGCACACGGUGCGCAUGGGCGGCACCUACGUCCAGGGCGGCAUGGGCAAGGCCGACAUCAACUUCCCCAUCAUGGCCCUGUGCCUCAAGGAGGUCACCGCCAAGGGCAGCUUCCGCUACGGGCCCGGCGACUACAAGCUCGCCAUCGACCUCGUCGCCAACGGCAGCGUCAAUGUCAAGAAGCUCAUCUCCGAGGUCGUGUCCUUCCAGGAGGCCGAGGACGCCUUCAAGAAGGUCAAGCAGGGCCAGGUCAUCAAGGUCCUCAUCAAGGGCCCCAACGAGCAGUGA